UUGCGUUCAUUUGGGUGUAUAAAUAAAUUAAGACAAUCUAUAGUAAUAAACGAAAAAAAAGUUAUGAAAAUGUACUCACAAACCAAGUGAAAAUUAAUAAAGAAAGAUGACAUUGUAUAUAGAUACAAAACUUAACUUUGCCGACAGUAAUGUAGUUACUACACUAAGUUCUUGGCAUCCAUCUCUACCUCUACUGGCUGUUGGAUCUUACAAUCAAGAAAAAGGAGGAGUUGCAACAAUUUUUAAUGAUAAUGGACUUGCUUUAGAAGGUUGUGAUUGGCCUGUACUUUUUUCAAAUCAAGUGACUGCCUUAGCUUGGCAUCCUGUACGAAAACUUUUAGUAGUAGGAUGGGAUGGAGGUGAACUGUAUAUCUGGCUAGAAUACUCUUGGGCCCGAUUAGAAGCUCCUCACAAUGCUGCAUUAACUGCUGUUAGAUUUAGUUCUGGAGGUGGCAGAUUACUUGCAUCAGAUGCAACCGGCUCCCUUUCAGGAUGGCAAUCUAGUUCAGGUGCUCCUUUAACGGCAUUUCACCACCAGCUUGGAGAUGUUAUUACACAUGUUAAAUUUUGUACUCCAAAUCCAACAUCUGAAUCAUCCAUAAGAGGCUUAGCCAGAGCAGCUGUUGCAGGCGAUGAAAAUGCUUUAGAUGCUCUUGCUGCCUGGAGACCUCGUACCACAGCCAAAAUCAGAGAAGGCUUACAACCUGACAAUCAUGCCUGUUAUGCAGCUCAGGAUAAUGGCGUCAUUUUAUAUAUUGACCAUGCGGGAGCAUGUUCAGAGGUCUUAAAUGCCCCAGGUAUCAUUGUGUUUAUAGAUAUAAUAAGCACCAUUUAUCUUCUAGUUGCUUGGGAAACAGGUGGUGCUCUUAGCUUGUCCAGAUUUUUAAUAUCCAAUGAUGGAUCACUGACAACAGAUACUCAUGUACGAAUGAGUGCAAGAAAUGGUCAAUGUAUUGUACUAGCAGGUUAUUUUUGUGUUGCUGUAAUCACGGGUGAUAAUUUAAUCAGAAUAUGGGAUAGUGAAACUGGAGAUAAUGAUGUCUUACCCAAUGAAGAUGAUGAAACUCAAGCAGGAGAUAUAUUUACAAGCAUCAGUUACUGUAGUCUAAGUGACACAUUAUGUUGUGGGACAUCUCAAGGAAAUAUUUAUCUCUGGAGACGGGAUCACAGAAAUAAGUGGAAGUUAAUAAGUAGUACCUCAGUUAAAGGUACUGUAAAAGAAGUAACCUGGGGCUCAGAAGGAUUGAUGAAUCCAUUGUUGUAUGUAAACUGUAUUACAAAUGCAUUUAUUCUUCGUGAGCAACAUGUCUGUUGGGGCUAUACCAAUAACAUGUGGAUGGUACAGAAGUCCGCCCAUGAAAUUGCUGUUACUGAAAGUGCAAACUUAUCGAGUAUUAAUACAACAAUAAAAAUAAAAGCAUUUGCAUUCAGAGACAACUAUGUAGUGUUAGGUGAUGGAAAUGAUGUUCAAGUUUGGAUGCGCAGUAAGGAUAAAGAUAAAGGGACAUUUACACUGAUUCGAACAUUUACAUGGAAAACAGAUAUUUUAAUACUAUACAAUGAAAUAAUAGUUGGUGUUGUACGGUCACACAUUGAGUGCUACAGUGUUUCUGGAACUAAAAUUGGAAUACUUCCUUGUACUGAAAAUGAGGGUGAACCAAUUGCGGUAACUAAUACUAACAAAUUUGUAUUAAUUGCUACAAUGGAUGGAACAUUAAAAUUGGCUGAAAUUACGAAGAAGGGCUUUAGAAUGCCUUAUCCAUCGAAAAACUGUUAUCAAGUGAUUGAAGAUUUCGGUGAAAUUAUGAGAUCUUCAGUAAAUGCUUCCGGUCAUUAUAUUUGCUUAAGUAUAGCAAAUGCUGGCCUAGCUCCUGAUCCAAAAAUCUAUUUAUGGGAUGUUGCAAAUGAUAUUAUUACAACAACACUUUUAGCAGAUUCAAAAUCACCUCCAUAUCAAAGUGUGCCGAUCGCGAUAUUGUGGGAUAAUAAUGACUCCAGACUCGUCGCUGUUCAUAUGCGUUCUUCGGAAUUUGAUAAUAUACAUUUAUUUUUUUGUCAUGAAAGUAAAUUGUAUGAAUAUAAAAAUUGGUGUUCACGUAAGGAAGAAUAUUUUGCUAUGGAUUUCAUAAUGUGCUCUAUAUUUUCACCUUAUGUAGUAAUAUUAACGCAGCAAAAUAUUAAGAGGUUAUUAUUACAUGAAUUUGAAGAGGCUCCUGACUUAGAACCUAACAAUGUAAAACAAGUUCUUAAUUUUCUAUUUUAUAUGACUACUGAACAUUUAGAAAAAGCUGUUGUAAUGGGAGCUAAUAUUUCGGGAAGCAAAAAUUCAGUAGUUUGGGAGAGCUUAGCUAAAGUUUGUGUAUCUCUUAAACGAGCAGAUGUCGGUGCGGUUUGUCUAAGUAAAAUGGGUAAUAUAAAAGGAGCUUUAAUGAUGCGUAAAGCAUUGAACGACGACACUAUGGACAAUACUUCAAAAGUAGGAGUAUUAGCUGUUAACUUGGGUAUGAUUGAAGAAGCCGAAACUUUUUUCCGUGAAUCACAGAGACCAGACCUUGUCACGCGUUUGAAAUCAGCGAAAGAAGGAGGAUUUAAUGAGAUUAUUAAUGGAGAAACGGAGAGUGAAAAUGUCCUUCUUGUAAAAAGUGCACAACAUAAACUUGCUAAAGUGUUGUGGGCGAAUGGCGAAACUGGGCCAUCGCUGAAACUAUUUGAGAGUGCAGGAACUUUGGUGCCUCAUGUUCCUAGAAUGCUAAUAGCGCAGGGUCAGGCUUCGGUACUUGCGCAGUAUGUAGUCAAUUCGAACGAUUCAAAUCUGAUAACUUGGUGGGGUCAUUAUCUUGAAAGCAUUGGUGAUCUGGAUGGUGCGCUAGACGCAUAUGCACGGGCAAACGAUUUUGGUGAACAAACUAGAUUAUUGUGUCAUAUGGACAGAAUAGACGAAGCGGAAAAGAUAUGUCAAAAAAACUCCUCGUCUUUGUAUCAAAUGGCACGAUAUUUGGAAAUGAAAGCUAAUGAAACAGAAAGUGCUGUAAAGUUGUACAUAAAGUGUGGUGCUAUAGCGUCCGCCAUACGAGUAGCAACUGAGGCAAGCGCGUGGAACCUGGUAUGGCGAGCGGGUAACUCAUCGCCUAAACAUGCUCUCUACGCUGCUUCCAUUCUAGAAAAUGCUGGUCAAAACGAACAGGCGAUAACUUUGUACCAAAAAGCAGAGAAGCCUUAUAUGGCUUUGAAGUUGGCUUUAAAUUGUGGGGAUACGAACGCAAUGGUGGCCGCCGUGGAGUCGAUAGGAGAUCGUGUGGAUCCGGAAUUGGCUCACACUCUCGCAGCACAUUUACGAGAAGCAGAUCAUCAUUCGCACGCCGCAGCUUUACUAGCUACGGCAGGAAAGUACGAGGAAGCAUUGGACAUAGUGGAACAGUCGUCGACGCCGCUGUCUCCGGAGCUGGGCGCGCGGCUGGCGGCGCCGGCCGGCACGCGCGGGCGGGACGCGCUGCUGCGGAGACUGGCCGACGUGCUCGGCACGCGCGGCCUCUACCACCAGGCCGCCAAGCGCCUCGCACAGAUAGGCGAUAAGGCGGGCGCGCUGCGCUGGCUGCUGCGCUCGGGCGACGCGGAGCGCAUCGCGACGUUCGCGGCGGCGUCCCGCGACCGCGCCACGCAGCUCAUGGCGGCCGACUUCCUGCGGCGCCGCGCGCCCUGGCGCUCGCGCCCCGACCUGGCGCGACACGUGCUGCACUUCUACACGAGGGCGAAGGCCUACGGGAAAUUGGCCGCUUUUUAUGCGGAGUGCGCCAAGAUGGAAAUCGACGAUUAUGAGAACUAUGAAAAAGCGUUAGAAGCCUUAAAGGAGGCGACGCGGUGUCUCACAAAAUCUUCAGAUCCAGAGAUGGGUACUCAAAUGACAGCAAUUCAAGAACAAAGUACAUUUGUUAAACGUUUCAUUGAGAUAAGGAACUCACUGCAAAGUGGUGAUAUAAAUACAGGUAUAACUAAUGGACAAAAUUUGAUACGCGCUAUGAGUGGACGCCCAGGACUUAUAGCAGAAGAAAAUAUUCUUAAAUUACUUUUGCAAUAUUCCUCCGAUCAUCCAGACGCAGAGAGAUUAGAAAUGCAAUUAAAGGCUUUGCAAAGACCAUCUCAGGAAGAUAAUCGUUCAAAUGAUUCACCAGACCAGAGCGUUGAAGAAGUUAUUUAAAUAAGUUUAUAUAAUUGUCAAUUUUAAGACUGCAUCAUUUAUACGAUUAACACAAAUGUGUCACUAAUAAUUGUAUUUAACUUUACUUUGUUAGUGAAAUGUAAAAUUAUUAUUACGAUAUGUUUUUUUUUUAAUUAAGUACAGUCCUAUAACAGCUAAAAACAUAAUUAUCAUCACCAUAUAAAUAAACAUCAAAGUUUUUGAGUUGAUAAUAAUUAGUAUUACUCGUGAAGAAUGAAGAAUGGAUUCAAGGACUAUAGACAAUAUUGAGAUUACCAUUAUAUAUCUGCUGUUUCUCCCUAAGUCUAACAAAAGCCGCAAAUUUGAACUUUUCAAAAUAAUUAUGCCGAUUUAAAGAUCCACUGCUAAAGCUAAAAGAUCCUAUGCUAGUCUCAUAUAGAGCGUUAGGCAUUUCAAUUCUAAAAAGCUUUGUUGUGUUUAGUGUCUGAAAUACCGCACAAAAAUUUAAGACAUUGUGUUGAAACCGAAUAAACAGUAAUUUCUGGAUGCUUCAAAAUAUUCUUCAUAAUACAGCGAACACCACCAAGAUCAAUCACAUGACGUCUUAUUGGUUAUAAAAAGGCUAUAUUGAAUACGAGAUAUUAACUAUAAACGACAGAAUAGAAGAUUCAAGGA